AUGCCACUGUGAGCAUUAUCUCACCCACAGUGAGGAACUGUGGUCCAUACCAAAGUGUCUCUGCCUUAAAACAGCUUAUCCUCCCAUCCGGCUCUACAGUUUCUGUUGCUGUUUAGUUCCACUCAGAUGAUCCAUCUGUCAGCCACCUGCAGCUGAACCACACUGCAGCCACAACAUGAGCUUACGGAAACUGAGUUUCAAGUGGUUUGGUAGCCUCACCAACCUCACUUUUCGCCACUCCACUGAGAAAUCAGACUCCAAGUCCUCAUCAAAGUCUGGAUCAGGAAUUAAGCCUGAAAAUGGGACGGAUUGUGGUGCCAUCACAGCGGCGACCCUUGCUCCAGUUUUGGAGACAACCAUGGAUGACAUGGAUGCCAUGCGUCCUCGCACCUCCAGCUACGUCCGCUCUUCUGAGGACUACUCACACAUGGGCACAUUGCCACGGCUACUCAUGAAGAGGAGAGACAAGAACAAUAAAGGAGGCUCCAACAGCAAUAAGAAGAGUAAAGACAAGAGCAGCAUCAGAAGAAGUCAAAGCCAGCGACCUGUAGGGCCGCCGAGGCUCAAAGCCCCUUUGCCCACAGUGGUUGACGAGGAGCUUGUGAAAUCUUCUCUCACUGAUCUCAAGACCCAGCCUGAGCCUACAGGUGAAGCAAACACCAAAGCUACAACUCUAGGCCCUAUAGCUGCCAUGUCGCCAUCUAGUGGCUCAAGUGCAGCAGCCCAACCAGAGGCUUGUGACGAGCAGUGUAUCACCAAAACAGGUGUAGACAUACACCAAAAGGAGACUUCAUCACCUCCACUCAGCCGGGGUACUCAUAAGGAUGAUGGGUUGGAGCCUGAAGCUGUGUCUGCACCAAAGCAGAAGGCAGUGAGCACAGAGCUGAUAGGAGGAGUCGACAAAGGAAAGCCAAACUCUGAGAGCAUUUACUGCCACAUGAAUCCAGCAGAGAGCCAGGGGGAAUAUGUGCAGUUCUCCAAGGAGAAGUACCUGCUGGAGUCUCCUCCCGAAAAACUUCGUAAGGAGCUGGAGGAGGAGCUGAAACUGAGUGCUGCAGACAUCAGGAGCCAUGGCUGGUACCAUGGACACAUACCAAGAGAGGUGUCAGCAACUCUGGUUGUCCGUAAUGGAGAUUUCCUUGUACGUGACUCUCUGACCAGUGUGGGUGACUACGUACUGACCUGCCGAUGGGAUAACGAAGUGCUGCACUUCAAGAUCAGCAAAGUCUUGGUCAAAUCCAGUGAGACUAAGGUGCAGUAUAUGUUAGAGUCUGACAGCUUCGACUCGGUCCAGGAGCUUGUGCGGUUUUAUGUGGGCCAGCGCAAACCUGUCUCAGAGUCCAGCGGAGUCCACAUCUACUGUCCGGUCAGCAGGACUCUUCCUCUGCGCUACCUGGAGGCCACCUUCGCGCUGGCAAUGAGCAAACAAGGCUCCGCCUACUCCCCGUCCAGCCAGAGGGGAGCCUACAUCAAGAGACGGAGCGUCACCAUGACCGAUGGGCUGACGACGGAGAAAAUGAUACCCCACAGUGACUCAGACAGUCCCAGUCCCAGUCCAGUAAGGACACCAGUGGCACCACCAGAACCAGAGCCGGAACCAGUGCCCAUCUGCAGCCCUUCAACAAUCCACCACCAUAAAGACGCAAUGAGGAACUGUGCGAUGAGUAUGGACCAGAUUCAGGAGUACCGCUGCCCCUUGUCACCUGUUGGGGAAACCCCACUAUCUCCUGCAUAUAGUGCUAUCACCAGGCAGAGAGCUCACUCAAGCGGGCGCGCCCUGGCCGUCGUCCCGCCCUCCCCUGUGAUGCGUCGCUCCAGCGACACUCAUCUCAGCCCCUCAGCCAGUGACAACCCUGCAGACCAUCCUGCGCAUACCACUCACUCUGCACACUCCACACCUGCCCAUCAUCCCAGCUACCAAUCACAUUCCUCAGACACAGCGGGGAGCUACUGUGACCUCAGACCUUGCCCCGCUGGUCCCCCUAAACCCCCAACCAAGGGCUAUGUGGAACGAUUGCGAGUGGAAGAAGGGAGGGGGGAUGGAGCGAGGGAGGAAGGAGAGGGGAUGUUCAGCGCCCCGCAGGUGGAGACAACGUCCUCGUUCAAGCCAUCCAGGUACGAGUCUUGCCUUUUGCCAGCUGAGAAUAAGCCUCUGGAGAUGUCGGUGCUGAAGAGAGUCAAAGAGCUGCUGGCUGAGGUGGAUGCAAGGACUGCGGCUAAACAUAUCACCAUGGCGGACUGCAUGGUGGCCAGAAUAUUGGGCGUAACCUCAGACAUGCAAAGGAUGAUGGGAGUGUCCUCGGGGUUGGAGUUACUGACACUACCACAUGGACACCAGCUAAGACUUGACCUACUGGAGAGGUUUUACACCAUGUCUAUCAUGAUGGCAGUGGACCUGCUCGGCUGCACAGGAAGCACGGAGGAGAGGGCGGCCCUGCUCCACAAAACCAUCCAACUAGCAGCAGAGUUGAAAAGCAACCUUGGCAACAUGUUUGGCUUUGCUGCUGUGAUGAGAGCACUGGAGCUGCCACAGAUUUCCCGCCUUGAACAGACAUGGGUGACAUUACGCCAGAGACACACAGAGGGCGCUAUUCUUUAUGAAAAGAAACUCAAACCUUUCAUGAAGAAUAUGAACGAUGGCAAAGAGUCAAACGCCCUGUCCAACACUACCCUCCCCCACAUCAUUCCUGUCCUGUCCUUAUUGGAGAGAGGCAUGGCUGUAGGGGAGGCGCUGGAGCCCUGGGAGAGUGCAGAGGUGGGAGUAGACGUUGUCAUGUACCACCUAGAAGCGGCUCGUACCAUCGCACACCACGGGGGGAUCUAUACAACCAACAGUGAGACCAAACUGCAGGGAUUUCAAGAGCGAGCAGAAAUCCAUGAGAUCUUCCAGACAGAGUUUCAGAUGCGUCUCCUGUGGGGCAGCCGCGGCUCCGAGGGUAGCCAGUCUGAGCGCUACGAGAAGUUCGACAAGGUCCUCACCGCCCUCUCAUACAAGCUUGAGCCUCCUGUGCGCCACAGCGAGCUAUAGCACCUGCCCCGACACCCAGCAUGGACACUGAGAGGAGAGUGAGAGCGAAUGAAGAGGCAGCUAACCGAGCAUGUGCAGUGAGAAAUACAGAAAAGAGGGUGUCACUUAUAACAUGUGUUGCACUCACUGUGGAGUUCCUCACUUAGUGCGUACAUAUUCAAAUGCCAAUGGAAAAGACAAGCUUAGUAUAAAAGAAGAUGGAGGAGAUGAGUGACGAGCUCAUCUGCGUGAUACGAACAGUAACAUGUGUACGAUGCGUCCCGGCGGCCAAAUGAGCUUGGCUUUGCUCCAAUAAAACACAAACUCUUUCUUGUUUCAAACUACAAGAGUCUGUCACACACUGUAACAGAAAUGCUAACAAUAACUUACAUGGCUCCUAUAUAGAUGUUUCGCCUAUGUGUGUGUGAGUGAGUGUGUGUAUGUGCGUUUACAUUUCUUCAGUUUUGUACUUCAUUAAUGUUUUAUGUUUGUUUUUUUUUAUUUUGUCUUAUUUAUUUGUCAUGAUCAAAAUAUGAUGAUCAAAUAUCUAAUCAUCACGGAUGUUGCUUCACCAGACUCAUGUGAAUCUGCCAAUCCUCAUUCUGAAGGAGCCAUGUUCAUAAAACCUCAUUAAAUAUGCAUCAAGCAGUCCCAUUGAAUCAUAUUAAAAAUGUAUCAGGCAUGCAUUAAUAAAUGUAUCAGAAAUGAAACAUUUGCAGAAGCAAUGCAGCAAUAUGAGGACUUUGUGCGUUGUUAAAAAUGUUAAAAGAACAAAGCAACUUCCCUCUGUUGUAGCUGUUUGACUAUUACAUUUGAUAUUGUGUGUUUUGUGCACAUAAUUUAGCUUAGAACCGCACCAAGAGACCGAGAAAAAAUGGGAUGUAUACUCUUUAAAUUGAGUUAAAGCAAUGUUUCACUUAGUAUAAAAACAUUUAUGAAUAUAUGGCUUCAGUUUGUAAAGUUGCAGAAAUAUCUGAACUGGUUGAUGCAUGCAGCUAUAAAUGUUAUACCAAGCAAAAUGUUGCUAAACUAAUAAUUUAAAUGUGUCAAUCUUGAUAAUAUGCAGAUGAUACAGUGAAGAUCCUUCAGGUCUGUGGAUAAUCUUACAUGACACCAAACGGAGAGAAAUGUUUUCUUUAAACUUUAUUUUUCCAGUUUAAAAAUCCAAUUACUUAAGGAAUGUUCCAAACUGAGACAAAUAAUGACAUAGCCCUGUUUAAGAAAAUGUCUUUUGAUUGUAUGUUUUGAAUUUGUGUUUCAGCAAUAGAGUUAAUCAUUUUAUUGCUAUGGGAUUACAUUUUUGGUAACUGUUUUUACAGCAUGUGGGCUUGGGAGGGCUGAAGCCAACUCUCAGAGUUAUGCAAUCAUUUCAACCAAGGGCUGAGACCCCCACGGAGACACACAGAAAAAUAUUCCCUGUUGCCCCCAACAUCACCCUCCUUAAAAAUGCAUAUCCUUUCUUCUUCCUGAACUUAGCCAAAAUGAUCAUUGUUAUAUGAACUAAAGUCAUAUCUGCUAUCAAUGACUCCGAUAUCAUUCUAAAAAUAAGCUGCCCCAGAUUUGCAUAUCAGAGAUUCUUUAAUUCUUGUUUGAUUUUCCCACUUUCUACCCUGAAUUUGUACAUAUGAGGUGGGAGCCAUUGCCAGUUUCCACUGUUGUCCAACAGGGGGCGGUCUUUAGUCAGCAAAAAAACACUGAAUCAUGAAUUGUAAAACGAUAUAACAGGAAGAUACACAAAAACACAUGUAUUGUGUGUAUCAGAACAAUGUUUGAUAUCAAUGUUAUUAGGUAUCAUACUAACUGGUUUAGGUUUGGUAUCUGAUGUCACUGAAAAAUGAUGUAAAAUGUUUUUAUUUGUCCUCUGCUGAAUGCUGUACGGGAAUGCUCUCUGAAAGUGUGUGGAUCCUCCUGUUUUUUAUGACAGGACUGCGUGAGAUGAACGUGAAAAGCAAAAAGACAAGAAAUGUUUCAGGAAUGAUCUCAUGUUUUUUUACGUACUGUAAAUAGCAAUUCACUUUUUUUCAAAUAAAAUGAUUGCUUGUGUCAAAA